GUGCGAGGAUAUAUUCUUGCUUUCUAGUUUCUCCCCAUCUCCCUCAACUUUCUUCUUUUCUCUCUGCUCUCCCCUUGUUGAAUUGUUCUGAUCUUCCUUGUCCGGCGCCAUGGCAGAAUGGUUUGGUGCUCCAAUCAUAGAGAAGCUCAUCAACACUGGCUUUCAGUACCUGGGAGAUCAAGCCAGAUGGCAGACAGGCAUGAAGGAGGAGCUCGAAAGGCUGCGAGAGAGCCACCCCAAGAUCCAAGCUGUGGUGGACUUUACUUCCAGCCAAGAGCAGAUCAGAGACCGAAAUCCGGCUCUCAACGAAUGGCUAUGGCAGCUACGAGAUGCUAUCGAUGAGGCAGAUGACGUGUUGGAUGACCUCGAGUACAUGAAGCUUGAAAAACAGCUGACCAAGAACAAAAAGCUGAGAAAGGUGCGUUCCAUCAUGAAAUCCAUUAAUAAAAGACUUGUCAAAUUUGCCAAACGUGCUCUCAAAAUUGAUCCCAACUUGAAGAAACUGAAGGCGGUUGUGCAGAAACUUAAUAGAGUUUCUACUAAUGUUGAUACUUUCCUUUAUCUUGUAAGAGACUUAAAGCAGGAGCAUCAGGAGCAACAGCUUAAGCGUGAAACAGGAUCCUUGCCUACAAAUGAUCUCAUCGGGCGAGACGACCAGAAGGACUUUGUUAUGCAGUGGUUGAGGAAGCCAUCAAAUGAGGAACAUACAGCUCUUGUUAAUGGAACUGAUUUGUACAGAAACAUUUCUCUUCUAUCUAUAGUGGGCCAUGGUGGUAUGGGAAAGACAACUCUUUUGCAACACGUCUAUGAAGAUGAAAUGAGGAAGGAAUUUUUUGAUCUUAAAAUGUGGGUUUGCGUUUCCAACAACUUUGAUGUGAAAAAAGUCAUUGCAGAUAUGUUAUCAACUCUUAAGAAGAAGAGGCCUCGUUUAGACGAAUCACUUGAUGCACUUCAAAAUAGUCUUAGGACUGAGACUAUGUCCAAGAAGUUCUUACUUAUUCUGGAUGACAUUUGGGAGGAGGAGGAGAACCAGGAUAUCAGCAAAUGGGAGAAGGUGCUCGCCCCUCUGGCUUAUGGGAAAAUUGGUAGUGGGAUUUUGGUAACAACUCGAAUGGACUCAGUUGCAACUAUGAUUGCAAAGGUCAUUAAAAAGGAGAAGGAAACGUUCAAAUUACAGGGCUUGGAGGAAGAUCAGUGCUUGCAGCUCCUCAACUCUCAUGCAUUUGCUGAUGUGGAGAAUCCUAAUGAUUAUAAAAGAUUAAGAUUCAUUGCUGGAGAGAUAGUUAAAAAGCUUUCAGGAUCUCCAUUGGCUGCAAAGGUCAUCGGUGGUGUUUUGAAUUCUAGCUUGGAUGAAAGACAUUGGACAAAAGUUUUAAAUAGUGAUUUUGUAAGUCCAAAAUUGGGUCAGGGUGAUAUCUUUCUCAUUUUAAGAUUGAGCUAUAUGUUCCUCCCUAAGCAUCUACAAAAUUGUUUCGCAUUUUGUUCUAUAUUUCCACAAGAUUAUAGGUUUUAUAAAGAUGAUUUAGUCAAAAUGUGGAUUGCAUUGGGUUUCAUUCAACAACCUCAUGAUCAAGAAUGGACUAUGGAGGAUAUUGGAGGAAUGUAUUUUGAUAUUUUAGUUAAAAAAUCUUUCUUUGAUAAGUUUGAAAAUAGAGUUUUUGGAGGAUACCACUACAAGAUGCAUGAUUUAAUACAUGAAUUGGCACAAUCAGUUUCCAUGCACGAAUGUUUAAGAGUUGAGGAUGGUACAAAAUUGCCUUCUAUAACUCUUCGACACUUGUCUGUUCGAACUACAAAUCCAGACAUCAUAAAGAAGAUGGGGCGGUUUAAAUAUUUGCAUUCUCUUUUCUUGUUCUAUGAAGCUUCUAAUCAGGAUCUUUGCAAUGAACUUAUUGAGAUAUUCCAAGCAUCGAAAAGCCUACGCUUAUUAUACAUAUGGGCUCCAAAAGACUUGGAAGGAAUACCUGAGGAGAUUGGCAAUUUGAUACAUCUUCGAUACUUAAACAUUGAUUGUUAUAAUUUGACCAUGCUGCCAAGAUCUCUAAGCAAUCUCUAUCACUUGCAAUACCUUAGGCUAGGAUGGCUAAGGCAACCUAAAGUUGAUGAUUUUUUACCUAGUGACAUUAAUAACCUUACAAACUUGCGUUACAUGAAAUUGCGUUGGAAUUAUAUUUCAUCGAUAUGUGGGAUUGGGAAGCUAAUGUCUCUUCAAGAAUUGAAUAUGUUUGAUCUUAGAGAUGUGAGUGGUUAUAGAAUUGGGGAGCUGGAGAAUAUGAAUAGUCUUUGCAAAUUAGGAAUCAAUUGCCUUGAAAAUGUUAAGGAUGCGGAGGAGGCUUGUAGUGCCAAAUUAUGUGCAAAGAGGAGGCUCACAGAUUUAACCUUAUGUUGGAGUAAUACUGAUUCGAGAAACAUCAAUUUAGAUGAGAAAGUGCUCGACAACCUUCAGCCACCAAAAUGUCUAAGGAAUAUGAGCAUAAAGAGAUACAUGGGUGCAAGGUUUGCAAUAUGGAUGAACAAUGUCAAUCCGAUCUUCAAUCUAGAGGAAAUCGAAUUGACAAAUUGCUUGGAGUUGGAAACUCUUCCUCCUUUCGGGCAACUUCCCUUUCUCAAGUCACUGGAACUUAGGAACAUGCCGAAAGUAAAAUGGCUGGAAAGUAAAUUUAAUGGGAAUGAUACAUACCGUGCCUUUCCAUUGCUAGAGGUGUUACAUAUUGACAGAUUAGAAGCAUUAGAGCAUUGGUUUGAGGCAGGAGUAGCUGCUGAAGAUGGAUGUUUGUUUCCUUGUUUAAUUCAACUGAAGCUAGAUGACUGCCCGAAGUUGAAAGAGUUGCCCUCUUUGCCUUCUAAGCUCAAGAGCUUUAAGAUAACUGACAAUAUUGCGUGGACGACUUUGAAAUUUUGUAGCAAUUCAAAUCCUAUUCCCCUUGAAACAUUAGAGGUCUUUCGUUGUCCAAACAUUACAUCUCUUCUUCUGGCUGAUGAAAUAGCAAGACUUGCAGCACUAAGAUCCUUGACAAUUACAAAGUGCCCCAAUCUGAUCUCUCUCGGAGAAAUGCAAACCACUAAUAAUUGCCGUCUCAUGCUCAGCGAUCUUGAAAUAAGUGAUACAUUGGUGUUGCUAAUGGAGCCAUUGAGAAGUAUUGCCUCCUUAAAAAGGCUUACAAUUAUGGAUAAUGAUGAGGUGGUUUCAUUUCCAAAUGAGACGGAGCAGUGGUUUCUGAUUGUUAGGUCUUCUCUUUCGGAGCUGAACUUUAGAUGGCUCAAAUCCUUAGAGUCUCUCCCUUCCUCCUUGGAAAGCUUAUCUUCACUUCAGAAUCUACGUAUUCAGGGCGUUCCAAUGCUUCGGGAAUUACCGAACCUUCCUACCUCUUUGAAAUCUCUAUCAGUUGGGGGAUGUCAUCCAGAGUUAGAAGAGCGCUAUCGAGAGGAUGGAGGCUCCGAUCGGCACAAGAUUGCUCACAUUGCUCGUAUCCGUAUUCAUCAUACCUUAUAAUAGGUCCAACUACUUUAAUGAAAUUUUCAAAAUAAAAAAGCAAACUUGUUUCUUCUUAUCUUAUUUGUUUGAUAUAUAUGUAUAUGAAGUGUGAAAAAUGCAAUG